ACUCAGAGGAUCCCACACAUCUAACAGAGAGAGGGAGGGAGGGAGAGAGUAUUGUAGCUCAUUUUCUGAGGACAAAGAAAAAAAACAAGACACUCCUCAACUCCUUCAGUUCCUCUGCUUCCACAGCAACAGCCUCCACCAGCGAAGUGAAGGUAGAGACUCGCGCCACCGUUCGUUCUCCUGACCUCAAAGCAACUUCCUGGAACAGCUUCUCUGAAAGGUAGAACAAUCUCCAGCCAGAAUGGGUUGCUUUGGAUUCCUCAAAGUCAUGAUGUUUGCCUUUAAUGGCAUUAUUUUUCUGGCAGGCGCUGCCAUCCUGGGUGUUGGGAUCUGGGUGAAGGUGGACAGCGGCUCCGUCCUCGGCUUCCUCCAGCAGAUCGACAAUGCUCCGUCAGAGCUCAGUCAGCUGCUCAACGUGGGCUACCUGCUGAUCGCAGUGGGAGCCGUGCUGCUCAUCAUCGGCUUUCUGGGCUGCUGUGGAGCCGUCAAAGAGAGCAGGUGUAUGCUUCUAAUGUUCUUUGUCAUAGUCCUGGUGGUCUUCAUAGCAGAGGUUGCUGGAGCGGUGGUGAUUUUGGUGUUCAAACCCUUGGCAGAGGAGUUGAUCAACAAGCUGGGCACUGAGGCGUCUGCCAGCAUCAGGAAGGACUACGGGAAAAAUUCUGAUGUCACUGGCCUCUGGAAUGCCACUAUGGAUACGCUGAAAUGCUGCGGAUUCAACAACUACACAGACUUCACAGGCUCUCCGUUUUACCAAGAAAACUCAAAUCAAUACCCGCCACAGUGCUGCCCAAGCCACGACAGCCCCUGCAAUUCAACAGCAGCUGCCAGUGCAGCCGGCACGACAAUCAGUGGUUGCUUCCCGAAGUUCCUGAAGCUGAUUGAUGACAACUCAGUUGUUAUUGUGGCAGUGGCUCUGGGAAUUGCAGUUCUGGAGGUAUGUGCCAUGGUUGUCUCCAUGACCCUCUACUGCAAAAUAGGAUCAAAGACAGACUAACUACCAGAGGAGAGGGCCUGAGAAGGAUUGCUUGUCUUUGGAGGAACCUUCCACGUACCCAAACCCACUCCCUGGGAGGAGGGAGGGACCACACCUCAUCACUGACCACAGACAGUUGAUGUCAGACCUUGUGCAAUCAGAAUUACUGAAUUAUGUAACAAAUUUCUCAGUUAUAUACACUCAAGUCUAUAUAAUUGAUGGCUUUCAUGAAUGUACAUAUUUAUUUCCUCAGAUCAGAAUGCUAUGCUCUAUCUUGCAGAUUAGCCAACUCUCUUUCCAUUUCACCAUAGCGUUCAUUUCAGAUGCCAAGCUGCGCCGCUGCGGACUUGUAACGCGUUGCCAGUUAACGAGUUUUUACAUUUCAAUUGCAUUCAUUAUGAUAAUGAAGCAGAGGC